CAGCACAUCAGCUCUUCUCACUGCGAUAUGAGACACUGCACUUUUAAAUAAUAAAGAAAGUUUCACCUGAAACUAAGUGUGUUGUGUUCACACACUCUUUUUAGCCCAAUUCUACCCUCUGGCUAAGUAAGAGAAAGACAAUUAGAGAAUUGCAGCUUAAAUCUAAAUUUUGUUAUCAGAGAAGACACAGAUCCCCACAUUGGUAUCACACACAACUAAAAAUAACCGCUCAGUUUCAUAGCGGUUUCUAUAUGCAUCAGACCGGUAGGCGCGGAAGAGAAGUACACUGGUCUGACGCAUAUAGGAACCGAACCGCAAUGAAACUGAACGGUUAUUUCUAGUCUCUGAUUAAAAAGGCCCCCUGCAAUAAAAUUGCACAUUGCGCAUGCACGAAGCACGGGAGCAUGGAGAAUCGCAAACUUACAUUGACUGGCAGAUGAGAAAGACAGGGGCUGACGAAAUAGAGGAGGGGCAGACGGCCAUUUCAAAACGGCUGAGGGACAACUUGGUUUAUUUCCUGGCAUUAAACAAAAUGAAGCAGCAGAAACCAAUUUACCAGACAGCAUCUACAGCACAAUUAUACAACAAAAUAAAGGAAACAAAAAGAUGCUAUUACAAGAAGAUAUAGCAGUUAAAGGAGGCCAAACCACCAUCAGUUGUAAAAAGUGCCUUUGGCCAAUUUCUAAAAGUCAAAUUGUAUAUGUGCCAUACACAAUAUCUUGUGACUAUGAUGCUUCUGACAUUUCAAUAAUUAACAAAGCCAUAGAAGAAUAUAACACCCUGACAUGUGUGCGCUUUGUGCCGCGGACAGUUGAAAAUAACUACAUUGAUAUUCAGUGUUCCAAAGGAUACUGGUCCUAUAUUGGAAUGGUGGGAGGAGCUCAGGAAUUAUCUCUGGAUAAAAAUGGUUGUCUUGGUAAAGGUUUAAUCCAGCAUGAGUUGAACCACGCUUUGGGAUUUGUCCAUGAGCACAGCAGAAGUGACAGAGAUGACUAUGUCACCAUCAUGACUAAAUAUAUAUCAGAAGGUGAUGUAGUCAACUUUGUGAAAAUGGAUUCUAACAAUCUUAUCCUAGAAUAUGAUUAUUCAUCUAUAAUGCAUUUUCCAAGUUACGCAUAUAGCGACACACCAGGGAAGGCUACUAUUGUUCCAAAACCUGACCCCACUGUUUCGCUUGGUCAAACAAAUGGACUUACUAACCUGGACCUUUCCAAAAUUAAGCGUCUGUAUGACUGUGCCAUCUGCAGCACUUUGCUAACAUCUUUCAAUGGAUCUCUGACUUCAGUGAAUUAUCCAUCAGCGUAUCCAAACAACACCAAAUGUUUGUGGCUUAUCCGCACUCCAUCUGAUCAGGUCAUGCUUACUAUGGUUGCAUUUGAUGUUCAUCCCUCCCCAAACUGUAUGUCUGACUACAUUAAAAUAUAUGAUGGAGCCAGUAAAACAUCUCCUGUACUACUUAAGAAUUCAUGUGGGUCUAGGAAGCGGCCCCCUUUGAUUGCCUCUGCAAACACAAUGCUGCUGGAGUUUGUUACUGAUGGAUCACUUACACGAAAAGGCUUUAAAGCCACUUACACUACAGUAAGUUGUGGAGAAGUCUUUAACGCUCCGUUUGGUAAGUUCACAUCUCCAGGAUAUCCCAAGAAAUAUCCCUCAUUAAUAGACUGCGUUUGGAUUAUCGCUGCUCCAUCAGGAUACUGGAUAUCAUUGAUAAUUCAAAAAAUUUCUAUUGAGUUGAGUGCAAACUGCAAAAAUGACAACCUAAAGAUCUUUGAUGGAGAUACAUCUGAUUCCCCUUUAUUAGGGACAUACUGUGGCCCCCUGUAUGACUUCUCAGUGAACAGCACAGGAAAUUACAUGUUGCUUCAAUUCCACAGUGAUUACUCCACCCAGGGGAACGGAUUUCAAGCUUCAUAUAUAUUUGUCCAGGUGGAUGGAGGAGGUCUCAUGACUUAUCCUUUCUUUGACAAUAUGAAGAGGAAUACCAGUUUUUAUUUUGAGUUCGACGUUGACAACAACAUCAUCCGUCACAUAUGUACAUGUCAUACUAAAAUGACAGAGGGAGACAAAAAAGAUAGAGAGAUAAAAAAUGCACCUAGCAUUUUAAAAGCAAGCAUCUGGGCACAUUUUGGAUUUUAUGAACAUACUGGAAAGCACGAAUUGGACAUGACACACGCGGUUUGUAAAGCCUGUCACACAAAAAUUAAAUACCUAGGGAAUACUACUAACUUGAGAAAUCACGUUAGACGUUUUCACUCUGAGAUGCUAACCCCUGCCGCUGCCGCCAGUGCCACUGCCAAGGAAAUAACAAGACUAGCUGAAGCUCAUCAGCCAAGAAUUGAUGCAAUGCUGUCAACUUUGCCACCCAACUCUGAAAAAGGGAAGAGAAUAACCAAAGCUGUGGCAACUUUCAUAGCGAAGGACCUACGGCCUUACUCUGUUGUGGAAAACCUUGGGUUUCGCAACCUGUUGAAGACACUAGAGCCACGUUAUAAGAUCCCGUCACGCAAUCACUUAACAGAAAACGUUAUACCUGCACUCUACCACGAAACAAAAGCUCAGGUAAUUGCAUCAAUGAGCCAAGCCAGUCGAGUCGCACUAAUGUGUGAUUCAUGGACUUCAGUCACGACGGAGUCUUAUGUAACAGUAACUGCACAUUACGUUAGCAAGGACUGGAAGAUCUUGUCGCAUGUGCUGCAAACGAGAGCAGUUUAUGAGUCUCACACGGGUUCUCAUCUGGCGGAGCUACGUCUCGUGUCGUGGAAGAAUAGCAGCUGUCCGAUAAAUCUGUAGUGCUUGUGACCGACAAUGAGUCGAACAUGAUUGUUGCUGCUCAAGUUGGAAAAUUCCCUCAUGUAAAAUGCUUCGCCCAUACACUGAAUCUCGCAUCCCAGCGGGCGCUGAAAGUGGCCACGCUCUCCAGGCUUUUAGGCAGAGUGCGAUGAAUAUCAACAUUUUUUCACCGCAGCACUACAGCAAACCACUGUCUGAAAGAAAAACAGAAAUGUCUUGGCCUGAAGAAUCAUAAGCUGAUAACUGAUGUGACAACAAGGUGGAACAGCUCAUAUGACAUGGUCGAGAGGUUCCUAGAACAGCAACCUGCAAUCUGUGCCACAUUGUUGUCUCCAGAAGUCAGAAAAAGUGAGUCAGAUCUCUGCACUCUCAACGAAACAGAUGUGUCAAAUGCAGAGGAUGAUGUGAGUGCAUUAAAGCCAAUGAAAGAUGCAACCACACUGAUGUCAGAAGAGCGCAAUCCAACUGUUUCUCUCAUUGCCCCUCUAAAUGCACAACUGCUCCAGAACAUGACAGACACCAUGGGAGACACACCCAUGAUCCAUGAGAUCAAGAAUGCCAUCAAAACAGAUCUCCUGAAGAGGUACAGCAGUGAGGCAGAGAAGAAGAUACUUUAUACAGCCUCUGCCCUGGAUCCUCGUUUUAAGGGACUGCCUUUUAUUCUCACAGAGGAGGAGAGAUUGGAGAUAUACAGAGGAGUGACUGAGGAGGCUGCAUCCUUGGAGAUUGAGUGUACUAGUACAGUUACAUCUAGGAGGACAAACGUGGAUGAAGUGCCACUGCCUGAGGGAAAAGAAACUCUGGAAGAAGAAUCACCCAUCGAGGAGGAUAACCCUUCUCCUCCCAAAAGAAAGUCCACAUCGCUGCUCAUGACUUUGCUGGGACAGUCUUUCACUGACACUGAAGGUACAAUAGAACCCAAGACCCCCUAUGCCAAGGCUGAAGAGGAAAUAGAGAAAUAUUGUAAAGCCCCAUCUCUGCCUCUCACUGAAGACCCUUUGAAAUGGUGGCAUGUACAUGAGGUCAUAUUUCCCCUCCUCUCUCAUUUGUCAAAGUGAUACUUGUGUAUCCCAGGUACAAGCGUGUCUGCAGAGCGGGUUUUCUCCACUGCAGGAGAUGUGGUAACGGCAAAAAGAAGCACCCUCAAACCAGAGCAUGUGGAUCAACUAGUGUUCUUACAGAAAAACCUACAUAUUCCAUAAUUCUGAGUAGUGAUUCAGGUUUAUAAUAUUAAUAUUUAAUGUUUUUUGGCACAUCCAGAAGAAUGUGCUGUGUGCCCCAUUGCCCAGUGCAGACUACUGUUAAGUUAUUUUAUAUUUGUUACUGUUAUAUUGCUUAUAACUUUUUGAAAAAUUAAGCUUAAAACCUUGAGUAAAUCUUUGUUGGAUCACAAAAUAUACUAGUACACUACACGACACGACCGACCACGUCACUCUGUCACAGUCACACACACACACACAAACAAUACAAAAGAAACAACACACAACUGCACACACCUCAUGUGUGCGUGUCAGUGUCACCCUUCACCAUGAUUCACUCUUUUUAUGAUGUGUGGUUUUUUUGGUAUUGUUUGACUGUGUGUGACUGUGACUGUGUGUGUGUUGUGUAACAAUAUAUUUGUGAUCCCAUAAAGAUAAUCAAAGUUAGUAAAUCUAGUAGUUCAAUGCUACUUGUUGUAUAAUGUCUAUUACUACUUCUAGUGUUACUGUGAUGUUUGCCAAUCAGGAAGUGCUCUGUUUUGUAGAUGUUGUGCUAUUGUUUACAGCACACCCCUGUAUUGUUUGCAAUGCAGUGAGUGCAUAGUGCAUAAGGGAUUAUUAAUAUUAUUCACACUAAAAAUUGUCUAUUUUAAAUAGACCCUUUAAGAAAGAUAUCAUAUGUUUUUGUUUAUGAUCCCAAUCCCAAAUGCCAUCCCACUCCCAGGCAGAUCUGUAGGGGUUAACCUAAUAUAACCAACCAGUUAACAAUAACAAUGUGUGUACUGUCUAACUGUCUUUAUGAGUGUGUGAGUGUGACUGUGAGUGAGUGAGUGCCAGUUUGAAAAGUUUGUAUGUAUCUAUCUAUGAGUGUGUGUGAGAUGAGUGUAUUAACUGCCUUUGAAUGUUUUUGUUUGUAUGUGAUUGUGUGUCUGUCCCAGUGUCUAAGUGUCUAUGAGUGUGAGUGUGACUGUGGCUGACUGGCUGUGGUGCCUUUGAAUGUUUUUGUUUGUGUGUGUGUCCCACUGUGUCUCUAGUGUCUGAGUGUCUAGUGAGUGUGACUGUCUAACUGUCAGUGUCUAUGAGUGCACUAUGCAGAGAGUGAGACUGAAGCCAAACCACUAUAGGGGAAGGAAAAGCCUUGAGUAAAUUUUUAUUGGAUCACAAAUAUACUGUACACUACAGACAGUACAGCACACACAGCACACAGUGCCAGUGCCACACACAACAGCACAAUACAAAAAUAAAGCACACACACACCUCAGGUGAGUGGCGUGCCACCCUUUCUUCACCAUGAUUUACUCCUUGAUGUCUGUGUCCUUUUUUAUGUAUUGUUUGUUUGUGUGUGACUGCUGUGUACUGUUCAGUGACAGACUCAGUCACUGUUCAGUUGUGUGUAGUACUGCUUUAACAGUAACUAAUAACUAACUAAUUAUAUUUGUGAUCCCAUAAAGAUAAUAUAAUCAUCAAGAAGAAACUGUAGUUAUAGUAGUUCAGUUCAAUGCUACUUGUUUUAAAUGUCUCUCUCUCUAGUACUAUUGUAAGUCUGUAACUGUGUAAACUAAUUGUAUAUGUCACAAUCACAUGUGUGUGUUGUGUGCACACUCUGUGCUGUGUGUUGUGUUCCAGAUUCUUCACGUGAUGUUUGUUUGCCACAAAUUGACAGUCAUGAAGGCACAGUGGACUGCACCUGUAAUUUUGUACCUAUAAGGGAUUUAUGUUUUGUUUUCUGAGGACAAUUUUCACACAAAUAAGGUAUUAUGGUGGUAACUUAAGCUUAAUUUAUCUAUUUUGGUUUUAAUAAAAUGUCUAUUAUUAUAUUAUUAUUACUAAGUAAGUAAAGAAAUUAAAUUAAAACCAACAUAGAUAGGUUAGACAUUUAUUUGUUGUUCAUGUUUCUUUACAAGUGUAUAGUGUACUUACUAUAUAUAAUAUAUACAUUUAAAUAUUUUCUUUUAUUGAAGAAGUACACUGUGAGCACUGCACUUUUUACACUACGUACUCUGUAACUACAGUUUGAUGCCAUAAUAUUGUUUCCAAACCAAUACAACAAUUGCCAUUUAGUAUUUACUGUUCUAUAAACUGUUGUUGUCUGCUGUGUUCAGACUUUGCCACAGGAAGAGUGUCCUUUUUUGAGCUAAUAAAAUAAAAAAAAGAGUUUAUUUCAA